AAAUUAUCAACAAUUAAUCUGGUACGUAUGAUGUUUGCUUGAAAGAGGUUGCCAUUUUUAAUCGCAUCGGGUUUUUGAGUAAUUCGCUUAGCUUUAGUGGGUUAUGACCGUUUAAAAUGGCAAAGGAAGAGAAUAGUCAGGUGCUACCCGUAGCGUUGGGAAUUGGAGUGGUAGUGACGACGUUCGUGCUGUACCGGCUCUACUCUUCCAAAUCAGAGAAGAAAGGUAAAGGCAAGGCCAAGAAGGUUCUGCUGGAAGACCCGCAAGCGAAGUACAAAAUACCGCUCGUUGCGAAGACCGUCAUCAGCCACGACACGAGGAACUUUAGGUUCGGUUUACCUUCGAAAGAGCACGUGCUGGGUCUUCCCGUGGGGCAGCACGUCCAGCUGAGCGCCAGAGUCGGCGACGACUUGGUCAUAAGGUCCUACACGCCGGUGUCGUCGGACGACGACCAUGGAUACGUCGAUUUCGUCAUAAAGGUGUACUUCAAGAACGUCCACCCUAAAUUCCCGGACGGCGGGGUGCUCACGCAAUACAUCGAGUCGUUGAAAAUCGGCGACACGAUCGACAUAAGGGGCCCGUCCGGACGGAUCCAGUACGUCGCCCCCGGAACGUUCUCGAUCAAAAAGAUGCGCAAAGACCCGCCGACCAUCGUCAAAGUCGGCAGGGUGAAUUUGAUCGCGGGCGGCGUCGGAAUCACGCCCAUACUGCAGCUGAUCAGGCAGAUCGCGAAAGACGACCGCGACGUCACCGAGGCGGCUAUUUUGUUCGCGAACCAGACCGAGCAGGACAUCCUGCUGCGGGAGGAGCUCGAGGAGGUGCGGGACCGGUUUCCCAACCAGUUUAAACUGUGGUACACUCUCGACAAGCCCGCGGAAGGAUGGAAGUACAGUUCCGGGUUCAUAAACGAGGACAUGUUGAGGGAACAUCUGUUUCCGGCGUCUGACGACACCGUGACGCUGAUGUGCGGCCCCCCGCCCAUGAUUAAUUUCGCCUGCGUUCCCAACUUGGAAAAGUUGGGGCACAAGCAGGACCGCAUUUUUGCUUACUAGCCCCAAAACACAAUAAGUAGAUAAACAAACGAAGUUCCGCAACAACCUAACCUCAAAAACUUACAAUCGCUUCCCGCGGGGGACCCGAUCCUUCUAGGGGGUGCUGCGCCCCGCGAAGUGGGCCCCGGUGCUUAUGGGAUGUGCACCCCGUAAAAGGAUCGGGGGCGAUUGUAAGCGUUUGAGGUUAUGUGUUGCGGAACCCCCUUUAUUUGUCUAGUGCAAUAAUGUACAGCAUGUUUGUUGUUUGUCGCUCGUACAAUUGUUAAUCGUUCCGAAAUAAAUGCACUGUAACGAUUAA